ACACUGCUCAAGUGCAAGAGCACAGACCUAGACACGUGUGGGCAGCCGGUGGAGAUGGCUCAGACCAAGUUUGAGGUGUUCUCCCUCAGCGGCACAUUUGGCACCAACUACGUCUUCCCAGAAGUCUUGUACAGCGGGGUGCAGCUGGCCCCGGGGGAGUUCCAGUGAUUGUGUGGUUGCAGAUGUGAGCCUCCAUAGGCUCUCCACAUCAAGAUUAACUCUUCCAGUCAGGAGUAGUCUUCCUCACAGUCUCUCUUAGCACGAGAAAAGGAGCAGGACCACAAUCUGAAGACCGACUACCUCUACAGCUAAAUUGAUUUAGCACCAAAUUGCAUCCCAUUUCACAAAAAGCAUUCUACGGACUGCGAGGCACCAGCCAUGCUCCCCUCCCGGCCUCUCCUGCGCGCUGCAGUGUUUGCCCUCACGGUCCUUCAGGCCUUUGCCUCCGACACCUUCACUGCUGCCGUCUACGAGCACGCCGUCAUCCUGCCAGAUGCCACCGAUGAGCCUGUUUCUCCUGAGGACGCUUUGGCCCUGAUGAACAAAAACAUGGAUGUCUUGGAAGGGGCCAUCAAGGAAGCUGCCCAGCAGGGCGCCCACAUCAUUGUGACUCCUGAAGACGGCAUUUAUGGCUGGCAUUUCACGAGGGAAACCAUCUACCCGUACCUGGAGGAUAUCCCUGAUCCAGCAGUGAACUGGAUUCCCUGCACCGACCCCACAAGAUUUGCUCAUGCUCCAGUGCAGGAACGACUCAGCUGCAUGGCGAGGAAUAACUCCAUCUAUGUGGUUGCAAACAUCGGGGACAAGAAGCCAUGUAACUCCAGUGAUCCCGGCUGCCCCAGCGACAGUCGCUAUCAGUACAAUACCGACGUCGUCUUUGACCCAGAGGGGAAACUGGUGGCUCGUUACCACAAGUAUAAUCUCUUUAUGUCAGAAACUCAGUUUAAUUACCCAAAAGAACCAGAAGCUGUCACCUUUGAGACCCCCUUUGGAAAGUUUGGCAUUUUCACUUGCUUUGACAUCCUUUUCCAUGAGCCUGCCGUGGUCCUGGUGAGAGAGUUGCAGGUGGACACCGUGCUCUUCCCAACGGCUUGGAUGAACGUCCUGCCGUUUCUGACUGCGGUUGAGUUUCACUCUGCCUGGGCUAUGGGCAUGGGUGUCAACUUCCUAGCUGCUAAUACACACUACACCAGCAUGUCAAUGACAGGGAGUGGUAUUUAUGCACCAGACGGAGCCAGAGCAUACUACUACAAUAUGAAAACUGAGGAUGGUCACCUCCUCAUUGCUGAACUAGACUCAUACCCUCUUUCUCCAACCUCUCCACCUGCUGUCAACUGGAGCUCAUAUGCUUUGAGUGUUGAAAGAUUCUCACCAAAUAAUCAUGAUUUCGGAGGACUCAUCUUCCACGACUGGUUCACUUUCACUGAGCUCACUAAGCCUGAGGGGAAUCUCACCAUUUGCCAGAAAGAACUCUGCUGUCACUUGAGCUACAAGAUAGCAGGGAAACAAGAAAAUGAAGUGUAUGUGUUGGGUGCUUUUGAUGGGCUUCAUGUCGUUGAAGGACAAUACUAUCUGCAGAUAUGCACGCUGCUCAAGUGCAAGAGCACAGACCUGGACACGUGUGGGCAGCCAGUGGAGACGGCUCAGACCAAGUUUGAGGUGUUCUCCCUCAGCGGCACAUUUGGCACCAACUACGUCUUCCCAGAAGUCUUGUACAGCGGGGUGCAGCUGGCCCCGGGGGAGUUCCAGGUAUUGAAUGAUGGCUUGAUAAGUAAGACAAGACCAACAAAACCAGUCAUCACUGUGACACUUUUUGGACGGUGGUAUGAAAAAGAUCAUCUGAAACAAGACCCACAACCACCAGCCUUCCCAUGAUAUUCCCAUAACUGAAGUUGUACACUAUUAAUCUUACAUCCAAAUAAGAUACAUCAUCCUCUACUAUAACAAUCCCAAUUAUGUUUCUUAUUUCUAGUUGCACAAAUUUCUUAUCAAUGUGCUUUGUUUAGUAAUAACGUAGCAAUAUAAUUUCAUUGCUACCGUUUUUGAGAAGUAUCUAUUUCUAUAUCGUAAGAUUACUAAUCUUUUAUUAAUGAAAAACAGCAGUUGUGUUUCUGUCUCUGUUUUCUGGAUUUUUAUUUUUCUGACCCUCAGAAAACCUAUACUGUGGGUAAGAGGAUACAUUCUUAUCAAAAUAGCAUUGCAUAUUUUAUGAUUGCAGAUUAAUAUGAGACCAGCAAAUAAAACAGUGAAAGAUG